CCAUAAAUGUACUGUCUUACAUAGGCUUUUAUGGCAAAACAAACCAGUUUUCCAGACUAAAACAACUGAUUUAUAAUAGAAUCUUGUUACAUUUUUAUAUUAUAUAUAUUUCAUUCAGAAAGCCAAAAAAAGAAAGCUAGCUAUACAAUGGGAAGAGGAAAGGUAGAACUGAAGAGAAUUGAGAAUAAAAUAAAUAGACAAGUGACUUUUGCAAAGAGAAGAAAUGGACUGCUUAAGAAAGCUUAUGAACUUUCUGUUCUUUGUGAUGCUGAAGUUGCUCUUAUCAUUUUCUCUACUCGUGGAAAACUCUAUGAAUUCUGCAGUAGCUCAAGUAUGUCCAAGACAGUGGAGAAAUACCACAAAUAUAAUUAUGCUGCAGUGGAAGGAAGCCAACCUUCAACAGAUUCACAGAACACGUACCAAGAGUAUUUGAAGCUUAAAACAAGAGUGGAAGUGUUACAACAAUCUCAAAGACAUAUUCUUGGAGAAGAUUUGGGACAAUUGAACACAAAAGAUCUGGAACAGCUUGAACGUCAAGUGGAUUCAUCAUUAAGGCAAAUAAGGUCAACAAGGACACAACACAUGAUUGAUGAACUUACUGAACUUCAACAAAAGGAAGAAUCUCUUACUGAAAUGAAUAAAUCUUUGAGGAUGAAGUUGGAAGAACUUGGUGUUGCCCUUCAAACAUCAUGGCAAUAUGAGGGGCAAAGUUUACAGUGUAGACAGCAGCAGCCUGAUGGAUUCUUUCACCCUGUGGAUUGCAAUAAUACAAUGCCUAUCAGGUACAAUACUGUGCUGCCAGAAGAUGCCGAACCAUCAACACAGCGUGCUACUGAAGUUGUACCUGGAUAUCAGUUUGAUAUUGGAGGGACCCGAUUAUAGCAUAAAGGAUUGGGAAACAAAGUUGAUGAAUGUUAGAGGAAAAAAAAAUUAAUAAAAUGAUGCAUAUCUCUCUUACUCAGAAAUAGACUUUCACUAUUACUGCUUGAAAUAUUUACUUAGCGAACUCUUGAUUAUAUAUAUGCAGAA